UUCUCCCUUACCGCUCCAUCAUGGCGCUCUCGCUUUGGGGGAUUCGUGGAUCGGCGGCGGCCGCCCGAUUCCCCUCGUGGCUGCGGCCGGCCGUGCGGGUCUGGACGCUGCGCCAGGCCUCCGGAGCGUCCCCGCCUGACGACCGCGUGGUGCGGAUCCCCCACGCUUGGAAGCUGCGGCUGGAGCGGCCGGCGUCCAAGCGGGAGCGAGGCGGGAGCCCCGAGAGGGACGGUAGCGCGUCCUUUGGGGAAAAGCUGCUGCUGCGGACCCGGAGACGCGAGCUGAGCCAGGCGGCCCGGCACACGGUGGGCCGCCUGGAGAGGCCGCGCUUGGUGUCGGACGGCUGGAAGCACCGCUUGUCCCGGGGGGAUUAUUUCCAGCUGGAGCGGACGCGGAAGGAGCCUAUUUCGGAGCCGGCCGGCGGGGAGGCCCCGUCCACCUUCCUCGAGCUGGGGCUGGAGCCUCGCGUGGCGGCCCCCUUGCAGGAGGUGCUGGGCGUCUCGCGGCCCACGCCGGUGCAGCAGCGCACCAUCCCGGCCCUGCUGAAGGGGGGCCACGCGCUGUGCGGGGCGGAAACCGGCAGCGGCAAAACCCUGGCCUACCUGCUGCCCCUCUUCCAGCGGCUCUUGCAGGCCCCGAAGCUCCCCGAGAAGGACGCUUAUGCGACCUCUCCCCGCUCCUUGGUGGUGGUACCCUCCCGAGAACUCGCGGGGCAGGUGCGUAGAGUUGCUGCCUCCUUGGCCGGUCCUUUGGACUUGCAGGUGAAGGAGGUCGGUGGUGGCCGGGGCACGGCUGUGCUUCGGCGCCGGAUCCGUGAGGGUCCCACUGACCUCUUGAUUGCCACGCCCGGUGCUCUGAGCAAGGUCCUGAAGAGGAAGAUGUUGUCCUUGGAGAAACUGCUCUUCUUGGUGUUGGAUGAAGCGGAUACUCUCCUGGAUGCCUCGUUCAUAGAUCUGGUGAAAGACAUCGUUCAGCAUGCUUUCUUGAAGGAUGCCGUUCAGCAAGCUUUUCUGGACCCGCAUUCUGAAGACAGGGAUGAGGCUUGGGAUCCCAAAGCUCAGCUGGUGGCUAUGGGUGCUACCAUUCCAAAGGGGCUGAGUCAGAUGUUGAGUGAGUCUGCCGAUCUCUCCAGCUUCACCGUAUUGACCGGUUCAAGUUUGCAUUGUCUUCAGCCUCACGUGGAGCAAAGGUUCGUACGUUUGAAGGGCUGCGACAAAGUAGCAGAGCUGCUACAACUCCUCAAAGAGCGAGGGCCCUCCUCUGGAGCCGUUAUUAUUUUCUGCAACAGAGCCAGCACUGUGAACUGGCUGAGUUACAUUUUAGAAGACCAUAAGAUCAAACAUUUACGCCUGCAGGGAGAAAUAGCAGCUGAUACGCGAGCUGGCAUAUUUAAUGCCUUUAGAAGAGGCGAGUCUGACAUUCUGUUGUGUACUGAUAUCGCUUCCCGUGGAUUGGACACCAUUCAUGUUGAGCUCAUCGUUAAUUAUGACUUCCCUUUAACAUUGCCAGAUUAUCUGCAUCGUGUGGGACGUGUUGGUCGCAUCGGCAGUAAAUUCCCUGGGACUGCGGUCAGUUUUGUAACCCAUAAGUGGGAUGUAGAUCUUGUUCGCAAAAUAGAAACGGCAGCUCGCAAAAGGGGUCCGCUCCCAGGGCUAGAUAUAGUUGUUAAGGAGUCUUUGCCAAAAAAGAAGAAAUUCUGAAUUUGCCUGGAGGACCUAGAAUCAAUCUAAUGUUUGCAGCAGUUCCUGAUGUAUUUCUGACAUUUUGUGUAUUUGAUUUUUGACCACUCAGUUCCUUAAUAAAACUGUGCUAAUACAUUGAUGCUGACAUGGAACAGUCAGAGACUUCAUCUAUCCUAUAAAAACAUGGAGGAUAUUGCAUCCAUCAUAUUUAUUCAACAUAUUUACAUAUGUUUUGUAUUGUCCAAAUUGACUUUAUAUAUUAUUCUACAAAUGGUAAAAUCCAGCAGUUCAGAUGCCAAACGGCAUAGCCCUCAGCCAUGCCAGACUUCCUCUGGGCUCUGCCAUUCCAGAUGGAACUUGAAGUGUGGGAACCUGCCACGCUCUUUGGGGAGAUUUUCCCAGCUGCCACAUUCAAGUUAAAGCGUAUUUGAAGCUGAGUUGGAACCUCAGUUUUCCCAGAUGGCUUUCCUUUACAGACAGAUGAUGGUUCGGCCACAUGUGGACACCCUGGAGUUUAAAUGCUGGAAAAAAAGAACAUGUCUCCUUUCCAGGUUGUUGGAUCCAAUCUGAAGGCUUGUGUGGUCUAGUGGUGAAAAAAAAGGAAAUAUGGAAUCUGAUUCAUCAUAGCUUGCUAUGGUCCAUCUUGCCCAGCAACUGAGCAACUACAGAUCAUCUAUGUUCUUCCACAGAAGAUCUCCUUGUGGACUUCCAGCGAUGUGCCAAGCAUUCUUUUCCAAAAGGUGGCGGACCCAGGAUCUAAACCAUUUUAUUUCAUUGACUUUGACAGUUAAUUAAAAUGAAAUAACCCAA